CCGGAACUAGCCAAAACUCGCGGCUGUUCAAGUAGUUGCUAUUUGUUCAUUUAUAAAAUAUGAAUUAAAAGCAUGUUUUUGCUCCCUCCCGCUGCAGAGUUCCGUUUUCCAUGGGAAGUUAACUUUGUGAAGGAAGGGGAAUCACUGAGGACGUUUGGCAGACUUGUUAGCUAUCAUCCAGAGUCGUCCAGAGCCUCCCUGUCAGCUCAGCAUGCGUCAGAAGAGCACCAAGUUUUGGUUGAUACUGUAUUUAUCGAGCCCUUUAACCCAAUCAUCGGAGCCCAGUACGUAGUUUUGGGUGAGGCAGAAAAAUAUGAAGGAACUGGUGUGAUGAUCCGUGCCCGUGUGCUCAACUGUGUUGAUGGUGUAAACGUUGCACUUCUGCAGAAAGCCAUCAGUGGGCAAAGAGACUUCUUUAGAGAGAGGGAGAGUAAACAGGGAGAUGUUGCACAACCCGCAGAUACAACCUGACCUAGGUCGUCGUCCACCUGGGGUCCUGCAGCUUCUUCCAUCGUCAAGCGGACUUCUUUUCCUACCUGCUCUUUUAUUUGUGUGUUGUACAGUGAAAGGCCAAAGUUCAUGUAUUAAAGAAUGAAACUUC